UUUAUUUAUUUGCCUUCGUUUUAAAUGUUUACACUUAGAGGCCGUUAGUGACCUCUCUAAAGAUGCCUUCAUCAUGACUUUGCAUAGAUUUGUUUCGCGCCGCGGUAAACCAGCUGAGAUCUAUUCUGAUAACGGACGCAAUUUUGUAGGAGCGGCAAGGGAGCUCAGUAAAUUCACCGAUACACAAAACAUCGCGUUAACUGAAUUUACAGCUCAGCAAAACAUCAAAUUUAACUUCACUCCAUCUUACUCUCCUCACUUCGGCGGCAUAUGGGAGGCCGGUGUGAAAUCGGCAAAGUAUCAUAUCAAACGAGUCAUGGGAAAUUCACAUUUAACUUUUGAAGAAAUUCUAACUUUGUUUGCACAAGUGGAGGCUAUUUUGAAUAGUCGUCCCUUGUGCCCAUUAUCCACUUCCCCUGACGAUUUCCUUUUCCUUUCCCCAGGGCACUUCUUGAUCGGAAGACCACUAAAUGCUCUGCCGGCUCGCGCCUUGGAGAAUGAAAAGGAACCGCAAUUGAAACGCUACGCACGACUCGAGCAAAUCAGGCAACAUUUCUGGCUGAGGUGGCAAAGGGAGUACAUCUGCGAACUACAAAUACGUACAAAAUGGAAAACAAACAAGGCUAAACUAAAGGUUGGAGACUUGGUGCUCAUAAGUGAAGAUUCCCUGCCGCCGUUAUGCUGGAGCACCGGACGAGUAACCAGGCUAUAUCCAGGGCCAGAUGGGAUUCCUCGUGUUGCUGAUGUUCAGACCACGGUGGGUUGUUUUCGCCGUCCUCUGGUUCGCCUCUGCCCGUUACUCGACGAUGAAGACACAGAGUUGAAGAAUCUGGAUUCUUCAACGGGGGGAGUAUGUUAAGGAACGUCUCACAUUUUCAUUGCGGUGCAACUCUAUAACGAUUCACAUCGUGUGAUCCAUGCUUAAUUAUCGGUUAUCGGUGUGAACUAUCUAUAUAAACUGUGAGUGCAAUAGACAAUCAGUGAUGUGACAGAACGUUGGGUAUAUAAGACAGUGAUUUGACAUGUAAACCCUCUUUCCCUUACUUCUUCUCGUCGUGCGAAGUGUUUGCGUAAUCUUGUAAUUUGCAAUACAGAAU